GUGUUUCAGUUUACGGGAGGGAAUGAAGAAUAAGAGCCCAAUCCGUUUGGGCCUGUGGAUUUCAAUUCUGCUUCUUAGGCUUGGUCUUUAGUUUGACGUUUUCUUGUUUUUGAAUAAGUCUCCUCCUUUGUCGGAGAAAGACUCGGGUAGUUAGAUCAGUGGCAUAAGUUUCGUAGCUGCAGUUUCUUUUUCUUGUAAGGUCUAUUUAAUGGCCAUUUGAUUUCAAUGAAAGGUAUGAGUUUUCAAGUCUCUGUUUUUGCAUUCUCUGUUUUGUUCUUGAGUGAGACUUUAUAAAAGCAACAAAACUAACAGAGACUUUAUGGCCAUGUUGUCCAAUCGAGCUCUCACCGAGUACAACGUGGACAAUGUUAGGGCUUGUUUUGUUGAAAUACUUUUGGUCAUGAAUGUGCAUAUGACUCUGUUUCGAAAUUUGCUUGCUUUUUUUUGUGUUGUUGUUUUUUGGUGUGGUGGUAGGGAACAAAUCUGGAAUUGAGCAAGGUUUUGAGGGUAAACUUUCAUCAAUCUGCUGGAAUUACUUUCUACAUAUCAUUCGAAGUCAACGAUCCGUCUGAUAAAUAAUCAGACAAAACCAUAUCGAGCAGUGGUAUACAACAUGGCCAGGGAUAUUAGAUUACGCUCUUGCAAGCCUAAACCACCCAAUUCUUGAACUUUUGAGAGAAUAAUAUGAUACACUCUGUGUCAUAAGAGUGCCACGUGGCUAUCCGAUCUUGAUCUUGAAGAAAAUUAGGGUUCUAGUGAUGACUUCCCCGAAGGAAGCGUCAGAAGAUGGAGGAGAGAAUCUGCGAUGACAGUGAUUCGGAUAAUUCCGAAGACGGCACACCGGAGGAAAUUCAAUUGUUCUAUGAUGAGUGGGAUAAAAGCCAGGUUUUGAAAUUUCUUCUGUUUCUCUUGGUUUUGUUGCUUUUACAUGAUUCAAAACUGAUUCUCCCGAGAGAUAUGCAGGGUUUUGAAAUCGACUUCUCCAAACUUAACUUCUGUUUCGAUUGGAAAGCAUUGGAUCUUGACGACAGCACAAUGGUUGACGAGCCUGAAACAAACAGAGAUUUUAUCGCCAUGUUAUCCAAUCAGGCUCUCACCAAGCACAACGCAGACAAUGGAACUAGUCUGGAAUUGGGCAAGGUUUUGAGGGCAAACUUUCAUCCAUCUGCUGGAAUUACUCUCUACAUCUCUUUCCAAGUCAAUGAUCUGUCUGAUGCUAAUCGUCAGACAAAGCCCUAUCGAGCAGUGGUUCGCUACCUGCCUGGAGAUAUUGAAGUAUGUUCUUGCAAGCCUAAACCCUCUUCUUGAAUUCUGCCAAGUUUGUGUUGCUAAAUAUAAUUAAGUUUCGCUUGCUUUAUAGUGAUUAUUUACUAUAGAGAUGAUAAGAGUUUGAACAAUGUCUGAGAUUCGAAGAUUAGUAAAUGAUUCCUCGAACAAUGUCUGACUACCAUUAAUACUAUAACCAGACUUGGCUACAGAUUUUUUUUUUGUUAUCAACUUA